AUAGGAUUUCGUUUCUCACCCAAAUCAAAACGAAAUUUCCUCCUCUCUCUCUAAAAAUCCCAGGUGGUCUUCUCCUUCAGAUCCACGUGUUUUUCCCUCAAGAUUUGAAAAAUGGCAUUUUCGCUCGUGUUACUGAUUUUGGUGCUGAUGGCCGCUGGACAUGGUCGAGGUGGUGGUAGAGGCCGUCGAGGGGCUUUUAAGAGGACUCAUACUGCCGGCGAGUCACCGAGUUCUAUUCCAGAUUAUCAGGCGAGCUCCCCGGAGGAGGCUAAAGAACAUGUUGCUCGUUCUGACAAAGGGAAAGGCAUAGCUGGAGAAUCAUCACGCGGAGAUGGCUCUCGUGCAAGAGAGACUCGCUCAAAGUAAGCCGCGGAUGUUCUACCGGAGCGGCGGAGGACGUUUUCGACCAGAUCAUGCGUAGCGGAGCGAUAUGUUAACUUCAAUGAACUCAUCAAGGAGGUUUCGAAAUUUGGACGCUUUCUUCAGAGGGUACCGAUAGAGCCCGUUGGACGGGUUCCUGCUGGUGCUCCUUUUUGUGUGGAACUCAUUCGGGAGUUCUACAUGAACGGGAGGGUACUUGCUGAGGAUGAGGAGACAGGGACUUAUUUAUUUGAGACCUAUGUGCGGCAGCAGAAGGUUGUAGUCACUCCUCACACUAUUGGAGAGCUUUUGGGCAUGCACCUUGAUACCGCAGGGCUUCAUUAUACUAUAGGGAUUUAUUAGUCUUCGUCACAUUAGGAGACUAUUGUUCGAGCUAUCUGCAGGGAUGGUGUAAGGACGAAUCACGCAUAUGUAGAGUCGAAGGAUUUGAGACCUGAAUAUCAUCUUUUCUUGGUAAUGUGCUAUAAUGUUCAACCAACAAUUGGGACAAAGCGGAUUCGUUGGGAUCGCCCGGUACUUCUAUAUCUUCUUGGUCACCCGGAGCAAGCGGAUGAAUUGAAUAUCAAUAUUCCAUUCCUUAUGUGGCAACGAAUGGUGCAUGUGAUACAGUCUUCGGUACGACGGGAUCUACUUCCUUUUCCGUUAUUAAUCACUCGGAUUUUGCAGGAGAACAGAGUAGAUGUUUCGUGUGAAAAGUACGACACUGGACUUGGACCGAUUGAUGCAGUAACUUGGGCCAAGUCAGUCAGCACACUGAAAACAUUCCAGCAGACUAAGGGAUCAUCCAGAGGAGCUUCUAGUUCAGCACCUCCACCUCAAGCAGAGUGUGAGGGAUCUUCCAGUUCAGGGGGAGUGAUUACUGUAGAAUCACUUCACCAUGAGGUGCGCUCUUUAAAGAAGAAGGCGGCAGAUCUUACUAAGAAGGUGGAGGUGGGAAUGAAGAGGAUUUUGCAGAAGCUAGGCAGUAGGCAUGACGGCGUAUUUCCUACUCAACCUACCUACACCACUUACACGAGAUCUACGUCGAGACAUCCACUCAUUCCACCAUCCAGUGGUGCUCCUGAGGCUGGGGGAUCUGGAGCUGGAGCAGGAGACGAUGAUGAUGAUGAGGAGGACACGGAGUGAUUUUAUCUUUCGAGCUUUAGUAUUUGUGUUUU